AUGUCAAUUUCAUCAUUUGCGAGCAUUCGGCGUACCGACGUCAUGAGAUUUGUUAUACAACUUUGCGGAAAAGAUCUGUUUAUUAAAAUUAUCCCGGAGAUGCCUUCAAACAUAGUCAAUCCCGAAUCUAAAUCCGAAAACAUCCCUGGUGGAUAUCCAACUACACCAAAACCAGAUCAAUACGAAAAGGAUUCGACUCCGAUUCUCGAAUCCAGACCUCCACAAGAUCCCAACCGUCCAUCGAGUGCAAAUAAUGUCAAACCUACUGCGGAGAACCAAUCUAACAAUGUCCAACAGGGAUCCAACGGGUCCUCCAUAGAUAUGGUCAAAAAUGAGAUCCCGGAAACUCGUAGCCCGCUUCCCCAAAACGCUUUGGAAUCGUACUCUCGUGACCUCAAUGCAGUCGAGAGACCUACUUCUGGUAACAAAGAGAAUGGCGUUAGGAAUGAAGUUGUAAGGAGUAAUGAUUCUCACAAGGAAAUUUCGUCGGCGUCUCCUUUCAUAUCAAAGGAUUCGAUUCCUUUCGAUCUUAAUGGCGACUAUAACAUUAAGAAUGAGGAUGACUCUACCAACGAUUCUACGACUACUCCCAUUGAAACAUCUUCCGAAAGCAUGACUUCUCGAGGUGAAAGUAAUGAAGACUAUACCAUGAGGUAUCACACGACUCCCGAAAGUUCGGCCUCUCGGGAUAGAAAUACAGGCAAUCACACGAGAGGGCAUCACAUAACUCCUAUUAAAACUUCUGAAAACUUAACUUCGAAAGAUGAAAAUACUGGCAAUUAUGCAAGGGAAUACCGCAUGACAACAUCUCCCGAAAGCUUAAAAAAUGAGAGUCCCCAUUAUAAUACGCCAACCGAUACGAUCACAAAUGGUUCUUCGUCUACCGAUCACAAGAAUAAUAUUGUUAAUGUAUUGUACACUAUGAAAGAAAUUAAUCCCGAUGAGGAUGCGAAUGAUGUCAAAAAAUCGGACCGCUCACCUCCUAAAACUAAGACGAAAGAUAAAAUUAAUUCAAAGAUCGGGUCGUUAAAGAGCAAGAUCAGCAGGCUGAUGAAGAAAUAA